AUGUUCUUCAGCUGCCGCCCACGGCAAACCCCCCGCCCGCCCCGGCCGCAGUGCCUGUACUCCGGCUGCUCUCACCGCGCCUUGCGAUGCGAGUCAAAGAGCGAGGGCAAGGCCAUGCUCUCGCUCUACUGCAAAGAUCACGCCUGUCGACAACGCUUGGGCGAGCUGAUGUGCCCGAACUACAAGGCGUCCGGCUUCUCCAAGUACUGUGAAGACCACCGCCGCUGCGAGAACCAAGGCUGUCCUCACCAGCGCAUCUGCUGCGAUACGAGCCAAGACUGGCCCUACUGCCAGAACCGUGAGUUCCAAACUGCCUCGUCUCGGUCUCAUCGCCAGAUGUGUAUCCAUAUCCAUGCUCAACAUCAUUCGUCUCCAGACACCUGUUUCCACCAGGGAUGCCACCAGAAGCGCGUCUCCAACUCCCGCAUGUGCGUCCAUCACACGCCCCUGUGCCUUAUCCCCGGUUGCGGGCACCCCCGCGUCGACGACGGCCUCUACUGCCUCUCCCACAGCUGCACCGACCGGGACUGCAACAGCGUCAUCAACGGCGGCCACUGGUGCAAGGACCACCGCCUGUGCAAGACGGACGGUUGCGGUCUCCAGCGGGCCGUCACGGCGGGUGGGAAGUACGAGGACGUCUGCUGGCAGCACCUGCCGACGGCCUGUCUCUCUCCAGGCUGUGUCAACACGAUCAGCGGAGGCCUGCGGUUCUGUUCACAACACGAGUGUACAUACCCAUCAUGCCGAGAGCAGAAGGACAACGCCUCGGAUCCAUCACGGCUCUACUGUGCAACCCACACCUGCAACAGCCAGUCCUGUCCCCAACCGACAGCAGACCUCGCGAACCCGUCGGCAGCUCGAUACUGUGUCACCCACAAGUGCGCCAGCGCCGCCUGCACCCACCCGUCCAAGCCCGCGAGCCGCCACUGCGCCCUGCACGCCUGUCUCCACGCCUCGUGCCCAUCCCCUCGGGCCGCUGACCCCUUGGUCGUCUCCGCGAGCCAGUUCUGCUCGACCCACGAGUGCCACGCCGCGGGAUGUCACAGCCCGGCUCGGCCGAACGGAAACUACUGCGAAACCGCCCACGCGUGCGCCGUACCGGGGUGCCCGGCCCCGCGCGGUCUACUUGGAGGUGGAGAUGGAAGUGACGGCACCGGCGCCGCCUCGGUGUGCUGCGCCUCCCAUACGGCCAUGAUUGCGCGCGAAAGCGCCGCCGCGUGGAGUCUCUACCCGGCGGGCGAACGGCGGUCAAUGCCGUCGCCCGCGCAGACGCAGCCGCAGCCGCAGCCGCAGCCGCGGACCCGGCCGCAGCGGUUUUCGUACGUCAGCCAGGCCGAGGAGACGCUGGGCCAGCGGCUGAGGGAGGAGAGGGAGAGACAGGACCACGAGGCGCGGCUGGACCUGGAGAUGAGGACCUGGCAGGCGGCGCGAGGCGUCGGCGGCGGAGUCGGAGUUGGAGUUGGAGUCGGAGUCGGGAGCAGUACGGGAGCCACCGUCGGCCUCGAGACAAGGGGGAGGGGGGUCCGGGGGGGCCGGUCGGGGACUCAUGACAGCGGGUUCGGCGGUAGUCCGUCUGUCUCGGACUUGGCCAGCUCCAACAACACGUUUGUUGGUUGAG